GAAGAUCCCUCGGGAUCUCACUGAGGCUUCGUUCUCCGGUGCGAGUCUCUCGAUCGUAGCCGCGACGACCAUGAUCUUCCUCUUUGUCGCGGAGCUAAACAGCUUUCUUAAAGUCUCCACCACGACGCAAGUCAUCGUCGAUCAGAGCCAAAACGGCGAGCUGCUUCGGAUAAACUUCAACUUCAGUUUCCCAGCGCUGUCGUGUGAGUUCGCGUCAGUCGACGUCACCGACGUGCUCGGAACUGCGCGGUACAACCUGAGCAAGACGGUGCGCAAGUACCCCAUCGACGCGGCAGGCAACUGGGUGGGGCCGGAGCACCAUCCGGACCCGCUGCCCGUGCCGGAGAAGCACGGGGAGGACAGCAACGAGACGACGGAGGAGGUGCACCAGAAGAUGGCGGAGGACGGGCAUGAGUAUGUGGGCUCACUCGUGCUCAAUAAGGACAACUUCGAACACUUCGCGCAUGAGUACCAGAUCCUCGUGGUGAACUUCUUCGCCCCUUGGUGCCCCUGGUGCCAGAGAUUGGAGCCAGCAUGGGAGAAGGCUGCAACUGUCCUCAAUCGCAAGUACCAUCCUGACUAUGAUGGUCGCAUUCGCUUCGCCAAGAUUGACUGCACCAUCUAUCAGGACGUGUGCCGAGACAAUCACAUUCAGGGCUUCCCUUCCAUCCGGAUCUACCGCAAGGGCAUGGACAUACGCAUGCAUGGAGAGCACGGGGAGCAUGACCACGAGUCGUAUUAUGGCGAGCGAGAUGCCGAGUCACUCGUUGCGUUCGCCGAGUCUCUCGUCCCAUCGGCCACGGUGGGGCGCCCCACAGCAGCGGAGGACAGCCAUCAGCACGUCAAGCGCCGCGCCCCUGCCUCUGGCGGGUGCAACAUCGAGGGAUUCGUGCUUGUAAAGAAGGUGCCGGGCAAUCUGAUGAUAACAGCUCACUCCACAGCGCACUCGUUUGACGCCGCCACCAUGAACAUGACCCACUCCAUCCACCGCUUCACCUUCGGUCGCCAGCUCACCCGCCGCAAGCAGGAGCUGGUGGCGCGCCUGCGUCCUUAUGUACCCGCCCCUGUGGGGCGGCUGGAAGGGCAUUCCUUCCACUCCAACCAUGACAACGUGACUCACGAGCACUUUAUGCAGAUAGUGUUGACGGAGGUGCAUCCGUUGGGAGUAUCCCGCAAGGACAGCUCGCUGCACUCAUACGACUACACCGCGCACAGCCACACGCUGCAGGCCCCCUCCGUGCCCGUCUCGCGCUUCCACUACGAGCUCUCGCCCAUGCAGGUUCUCAUUGUGGAGACAAGGCGUCCUUUCUUCCACUUCAUCACGAACCUCUGUGCUAUCAUUGGUGGUGUCUUCACG